AUGGAGUCCUUGUUCGUCCUCCCGGCAGCGGCCGUUACUCUUGUGCGACCCCAACUGUCUCGCCUCUCUGCAAAGAAGAGGCAUGGCCGAUUGACAGCCCAGCUCAGAAACCAUGAUGAUCCACUCCUCCAAGCGGCCAUUGACGCUGCUUCUCUUCGAUUUGAAGAAACCUGUAAACCAGAGCCUCUGUUUCUAGACCCAUACGCCGGUUGCUUAAUUGCUUCUGAUACGAAUGAGGAUAUGAAGCAAUCCCCAUUGUCUAGUGCAUCCCUCCACCACUAUUGCCUAUCUACAAAGUUCAUUGAUGAUAAGUUGCUUACUACUAUCAAUCAGAUGGAAGGGCUUAGACAGAUUGUUCUGUUGGCAGAUGGUAUGGACACACGGCCGUAUCGGCUCAAUUGGCCAAAUUCUACCAUAAUAUUUGACGUAUCCCUGGACAGAGUCUUCCGAACAGCUGCUCAAAUGCUUGAAGGUGUUGGGGCUAAGAUUCCAAGAAAUUGCUUGUUCCUCCAUGUUCCGUAUAAGUACCCUGAUAUACAAGAGAUCUUGCAAGGAAAAGGCUUUAUGGGUAACCAGCCUAGUUUGUGGAUAUUCCAGGGAUUGCCUGUGUUGAACUUGGCAAGUUUUAAUGAGAUUUUAUUCAUUAUCAGUAGUCUAGCGAUGAAAGGAAGCCUUAUUUUAGGAGAACUACCCAUUUGGUUGACUGAAACUGAAGUUGGAACCAAGUCUACUACGCAGAAAUGGAUGGACAAGUUGUUCAUGAGCAAUGGUUUCCAGGUGGAGAUGAUCAGCUUUGAGGAUGUCGCAAGGAGUGUGGGCAGGGAUCCACCAUCAGGAGGGUACAAGAAUAUACUUUUUGUUGCAGAACAAUUGCGGUUGUCUGAUGAUCAGAUGGAAAGUUGGAGAAGAGAAUACCACAGGCUUGAGGAACAAGCAGAUGAAGAGGGUUUUGAGGAACUGUGAUUAAGAUUGUGAGUUCCUUAUGUGACACUACAAUUUUCCUCUCUCCCUUUUUAUCUAGAAUACAUAGCAUAUUUAUAUAUGCUUGAUAUUUCAAUAUUUCAGGCUGAUUACUUUUUUAUUGUGUUAAAAAAUUUCUGGUUUAGAUAACUGAAGAGUUGCAAUUAUAA